AUGCCCACCAACCCAUACUCAGCCUCCAAAGCUGCCGCCGAGAUGUAUGUGUGGGCAUACGCAAAGUCCUUCGAUAUCCCAGCUCUCGUUGUGAGAAGCAACAACGUGUUCGGGCCUGGUCAAUACCCCGAGAAAAUCGUCCCCCGCUUCUGCACCCUGCUGAUGCAGCAGCAGCCGCUAACAAUCCAAGGCACCGGCUUGAACAUUCGCCGUUACCUCUACGGAGCUGAUGCUGCCGACGGCUUUGACACCCUGCUUCACAAGGGUGUGAUCGGCGAGGCAUACAACAUCCAAUCAUCCCACGGUAUCACCAACCUUGAAGUCGCCGUUCGCACACUCGAAUUGUUCGGCUUCAGUCCGCGAGACUUCACACGCUCACUCACUUGGAUCCCCGACCGUCCCUUCAACGACACUGACUACUGGGUCGACGGCAGCAAGCUGGCCGCAUUGGGAUGGCGCCAGCGUGUGCCCUUCUCCGAGGGACUCAAGGCCUCGGUCAACUGGUAUCGCAAGAACUUAGAGACUUGGUGGCCCGAGGUCUCCAAGACCAUCAAUGUCGCUUCGACCGCAACCACAGAGAGCUACAUUCCUCCCCAAUUCAGUGUGAAUGCGGUCGAGGAUGUCUAUGAUGAUGAGGUGGUGGAGGAAUCAUCGGGCUUGAGCACGCCUGUGAUGGUGUCGGUGUGA